AUGACCGUCACUGUCCUAGCAACACCAACGACUAAGACGAAGCGUCGCGAACCUUUGAGGGUAAUUGAUAUGGCAACGUCCCAGGCGCGGACGCGUCAUGCGUCGUCCGCCGCGCCUGGCGGGACCGGUAAAGGCGGAGGAAGACGAACGAGGGCGAGUUUGGAUAAGCAGGAGAGGAAUGAUGAGGGAGUUAACGGGGAGAAGAAGCGCAAGGCUGGAGUUUAUGAUGAGGAUAUAGAAGGGUUCCAGUUUUCGCGCAUUACGAGUAAAAAGCAGAAAGCGUCAACAAGUACCGAGCAGCCCGAUCUUCCUGCUCCAGAGGAACCAACGCCACAGCCAUCGCCGAGAAGGGGCCGACCGCCGAAGAAGCGGGCGGAAGACAGGUCGGACGAUGUAGCAAGACAGAAGAAGGCUUCAGAAGGAACGGGCAAGCGACAAACUCGUGGAAAAACGAAAAAUGCUCUAGAGCCGGAGCCAGAACCUAAACCGCACCCGCACCCGAACCCUCAAUCCGAACGAAGUGAGCGCUCAACACGAAAACGAGGCGAGGAGGAGCAGGUUCAGCAGGUUUCUGUAGAGAAGAAGCGGAAGAAGGGCCGGCCCAGCAAAUCCCAGGAGGAGCAGCGCAAUGGGUUUGUGUCUCCGGAACAACCGCAGGCGGGAACGGCUACAAUUGCGCUGCCCGUAGCGGACACACCGGUUAUACAGAGGAAUAAAGAGAUGCGGGGGAAGAAAUCCGGCAAGGGGAGCCGGCGCAGUAGUCUCAGUAUGAGGGGGCGACGGGCCAGUUCGUUGAUUGAUUCUGGGGCAUCAAACGCGUUACCUCACGACAAAGUGGACACGGCGGAAUUCUACAAGCAUAUUGCGGCCGACGGCCUGGUAGAGCCAAGGCGAAUGAGGCAGCUUCUGAUCUGGUGCGGUACACGCGCGCUGCUGGAAAAGCCGUCGGGCUCGCGCUCUGGAGACGAGAGCGCACGAUUAGCAGCACGGGUAAUCCAGGAAGAGCUAGUGAAAGAUUUUUCCAGCAAUUCGGAGUUAUCAAAUUGGUUCUCGCGGGAGGACACGGCUCCCACGGUGGUUGUCAAAAAGGCCAAUCCGAAGAAUUUGCAGAACCAGGACAAGAUCAAGGAAUUGGAGGAGCAAAUACAAAAGUUGCAAAAAGAAAGACAAGCACUCAACGCACUACUACGAGCUCCGUCAAUUCCAAGGCUAAGGCCACCGAAGCGGCUGCCAAAUGGACAAUCGGGUAACCACCCACCUGAACCGACAAAAACAACGCCCGCCGACGAGUACAUUGAUCCAUCAGUACUAGACCCCUCUCAACUGAGGAUCCUCGAAUCGUUACAUCCAGGCACGGUAAAGCAGGAGCAAGAACAAGGCAGAGACGCACAACUGCAUCCUCGAUCCGACCAGACACAAAAUACCGAACCCGAAACCAAACCCCUUCCGCCAAUGCCCCCAUCCUCCAUAACCGCCCGUCUUUCCCGCAUAACAAGCCGACUUGCUCCAACACUGGACUCCUUCGCCUCAGGCAUCCACAACGUCGAGCUCUACCGCGCCAUGUCCGACACCGUUUCGUCGAAGGCGCUACAGAUCUGCGCCGAUCGGUUAGAGGAGCGAGACGCCCGGAAUGCCCUGCGGCGACUUGCCAUCACAGCCCCUGCUGAAGCCCAAACAGCUGCAGGGGCGUCCGCGGAAGAGGGCAUUCCGCUGCGACUAAGAUCACGAUCACGGCCGAGGGAAGAUCUAUGGCCGAUCUUGGGGGCGUUGAGUCGGAUAGAGCGGCGGUGA